GCGCCUCGCCACUUCCUGCCUUCGGUGCCCGCGCCACCCGCCCUUGUCCGCGCUCGCCGCCUGCUGCCCGCCGCCCGGCGCCGCGCCCGCCGGCGCCCCCGAAGGUGUCCCCGGCCCGGCCGGGUUGCCACCCUGCCGGCUGCCCCGCGAGCCGCUUUGUCUCGGGCGGGGCGCGCGGGAGAGGCCGCCAGGUGCCCCCCGCCGCGGGCCCGGGCCCCCCGCCCCGGGGAGGUGGCGGUGGUGCCCGGCCCCGGGGGGGGGGGCGCGCCGGGAUGGGCCCCAAGCGGCGGCAGCUGACGUUCCGGGAGAAGUCGCGGAUCAUUCAGGAGGUGGAGGAGAACCCGGACCUGCGCAAAGGCGAGAUCGCGCGGCGCUUCAACAUCCCGCCGUCCACGCUGAGCACCAUCCUGAAGAACAAGCGCGCCAUCCUGGCGUCGGAGCGCAAGUACGGUGUGGCCUCCACCUGCCGCAAGACCAACAAGCUGUCUCCUUACGACAAGCUCGAGGGGCUGCUCAUCGCCUGGUUCCAACAGAUCCGCGCUGCUGGUCUGCCCGUGAAGGGCAUCAUUCUCAAGGAGAAGGCUCUGCGGAUAGCCGAGGAGCUGGGCAUGGAUGACUUUACUGCCUCCAACGGCUGGCUGGACCGCUUCCGCCGGCGCCACGGAGUCGUGUCCUGCAGCGGGGUGGCCCGCGCCCGCUCACGCAGCACUGCCCCCCGAGCCCCAGCAGCGCCCGCCAGCCCACCCGCGGUGCCCUCGGAGGGCAGCGGCGGGAGCACAACGGGCUGGCGCGCUCAGGAGGAGCAGCCGCCUUCGGUGGCCGAGGGCUAUGCCUCCCAGGACGUGUUCAGCGCCACGGAGACCAGUUUAUGGUACGACUUUCUGCCCGAUCAGGCCGCGGGGCUGUGCGGCAGCGAUGGACGGGCUCGCAGAGCCACCCAACGCCUGAGUGUGUUGCUGUGCGCCAACGCCGACGGCAGCGAGAAGCUGCCCCCACUGGUGGCCGGCAAGUCAGCCAAGCCCCGUGCUGGCCAAGCUGGCCUGCCCUGCGACUACACCGCCAACUCCAAGGGUGGUGUUACCACCCAGGCCCUGGCCAAGUACCUGAAGGCCCUAGACACCCGCAUGGCUGCAGAGUCUCGCCGAGUCCUGCUACUUGCUGGCCGCCUGGCUGCCCAGUCCGUGGAUACCUCAGGCCUCCGGCAUGUGCAGCUAGCCUUCUUCCCGCCCGGCACUGUGCAGCCCCUGGAGCGGGGAGUUGUCCAACAGGUGAAGGGCCACUAUCGCCAGGCUAUGCUGCUCAAGGCCAUGGCUGCGCUAGAGGGCCAAGAUCGGUCAGGCCUGCAGCUGGGCCUCAUGGAGGCCCUGCACUUCGUGGCUGCAGCUUGGCAGGCAGUGGAGCCUUCCGACAUAGCUGCCUGCUUUCGGGAGGCUGGCUUCGGGGGUGGCCCGAAUGCUACCAUCACCACUGCCUUCAAGAGCGAGGGAGAGGAGGAGGAGGAGGAGGAGGAGGAGGAAGAAGAAGAGGAAGAGGAGGGAGAAGGGGAGGAGGAGGAGCUAGAGGAGGAGGAGGAGGAAGGGGAGGAAGAGGAGGAAGCAGGGGAAGGAGAGGAGUUGGGGGAGGAGGAGGAGGUGGAAGAGGAGGGUGAUGUUGAUGACAGUGAGGAAGAGGAAGAGGAAGAGGAGGAGGAGGAGGAGAGCUCCUCUGAAGGCUUGGAGGCAGAGGACUGGGCCCAGGGUGUAGUGGAGGCCGGUGGUAGCUUCGGAGGCUAUGGUGCCCAGGAGGAGGCCCAGUACCCUACCCUCCAUUUCCUGGAAGGUGAGGCAGACUCUGAGUCGGACAGUGAGGAAGAGGAGGACGAUGAUGACGACGACGAUGAUGAAGAUGAUGAAGAUGAGGAUGGUGAUGAGGUGCCUGUGCCUAGCUUUGGGGAGGCCAUGGCUUACUUCGCGAUGGUAAAGAGGUACCUGACCUCCUUCCCCAUUGAUGAUCGUGUGCAGAGCCACAUCCUCCACUUGGAACACGAUCUGGUCCAUGUGACCAGGAAGAACCAUGCCAGGCAGGCAGGAGUUCGGGGUCUUGGACAUCAAAGCUGAGCCACUGGGCCUAGCCAUGCCCUCAACCCAGAUGUGGCAGCACCAGCCCGGGGCAAAGGACUCUUUGGGCAGCUGCUGUGCAUGGAGCCAGAGUAGGGAGCCCCAGAUGCUACCAUCACUUUAGCGGAUGUUCCCCAGGCCCUGUGAACAAGCCCAGUCACCUUGAUAGGGCCCAGGGUUGGGGUCAGCCUCACUGCCUGCUUAUUGCCUCUUUCUCAGAGUCCUAUUUCCUCCCCAUUUGCCCCUGAACUUGGGGGACCAGGUGGGGAGCUGUCCGGUGCUACCACACCAUGCCAUCUGUGGACUAGGCCACAGCAGCCACCAGGGAUGGGCCCUGGAGGCUCCCGGCCAGACAGUGCCUCUCCCCUCUGCCGUCCACACCAGGUCUUUGGUGGGGGGGACCCCAAAGCCAUUCUGGGAAGGGCUUCAGAGGAAGGUCCAGCCUAGGCCCCUAUGAGGCUGGCAGCCCCCCAUCCCUGCCCCCAGACCGCCUCAAGAAGCACAGUCUAACCACAGGCUCCUGAGCCUGCCUCUGCCUGCUUUCCCACCUCCCCAGUCCCUUUCUCUGGCCCAGCCCAUGCUACUUUGGCCCUUGGUUUUCUUAACAGAUUGGAGGUUCCCAAGAGGCCCUCCAGGGGAGCGAAAAUGGGCAUUUCCCUUGUGGGCAGCUGCAGGCCCCAUGCCUCUCCUUCCUCCUGGCAGGGUCCUAUCUUGGGCAGGGGGCCUGGGUCUGGGCCCAGAGUCCAGUUGUCCAGCCGCUCCUUUCCCAGUUUGAAUUCAAUAAAUCCGUCCACCCCCUUUUUGUGGGGUGAAUGUUUUAACAGCCAA